GCCCCCGCGGCGCGAGCGCUCUUCCCGCCCGACGGCGGUUUGUACGGGACAAAAAACUAUGCGCGGGAUUCGACUGGGACCGUUCGCGCCCCUUUUUGGCCUGAGGCGAUGAAGAGAGAGCGGGCGGAGGGGCCCUUCUAAGCCCCGCCCCUCGCUCGUUUGGCUCUUCUUGCCCUCCCCCGCCCCCCUCACGUUCCCUCUUUAAAUCCGUCGCCGGCGCAUGCGCGGCGGUGUCCGCCGCGAUGGAGGAGCUCCUGGGGCAGGUGGCGCUUCGCUUCUCCCGCCUGCCCAUGUUCCCUUUCUUCGACCUGGCGCAUUACGCGGCCUCCGUCCUGUCGCUGAAGGAGCAGCCGGGAGCAGUUGACGUAUCAUACCGCAGCCCAAUUGCAUGCUGGUUUAGCGCAAUGCUUUACUGUUUUGGUGGCUCCAUUUUAUCUUCGCUGAUGCUUGCAGAACCUCCAGUUGGAUUUCUUGCCAACACCACAAAUGUCUUACUUGCCUCGUCAGUCUGGUAUCUUGUAUUUUAUUGUCCGCGUGAUCUAGCCUACCGCUGUUUCUGUUUUCUACCUAUACGACUGCUGCUUGCAGGGAUGAAGGAAGUGACUAGAACGUGGAAAAUAACUGGCGGGAUUGCACAUGCACAUCAGCACUACAAAAAUGUCUGGUUAAUCAUGAUAGUAGUUGGCUGGGCCAGAGGAGCUGGGGGCGGCCUAAUAUCUAACUUUGAGCAGUUAGUGAGAGGUGUGUGGAAGCCAGAAACUAAUGAACUGCUGAAGAUGUCCUACCCUGUGAAAAUAAGCUUGAUAGGUGCCGUACUCUUCACAAUGCAGCACAUCUCUUUUCUUCCAGUAGCAAAGCCCAACCUCAUGCUGUAUUACACCUCCUUCUUGGUAAUCACAAAGGUAAUCAUGAUGCUGACGGAUAAUGCUUUCACUCCCUUGGCCCCGUUUGAGAAGGUGCUGGUUGGCCUCCUCUUUGGUCUUCACCCGCCUUGCCCUGAAGCUUGUAACAGCGAGGCCAAAGUCCCUUACAAUGGCACCUCCUCAGACUACGACCGCACGACAGCUGGAGAGACGAGCGACAGUGUCAAGAGAAGACAUGCCAAGAAAACAGAAUAAAAAGCUUAGAAUGUGAUGUGGGGUGGCCAAACGUUGCUUCUUUGUACAUGCCCAUAAAAACACGCCAUGUUUUUCUUUUUCCUAAUAAUGUGAAAGGACAAUUGUGUAUAAGGAAAUUCACGUAGCAAAUGGCUUCCAGAAGCAUAGUGCAAAGUUUCCUGUGCAAACCCCCAUUUCAGUGAAGCUCACUCAGGCUACAUUGCCCAUGAACUUUCUGCACUAUUGACAACUACUGCCACAUGGCUCUAUGUAGCCUCUAAAAAUGUAUUUUUUUUGUAAGCUAGAAUUCAUACUUGGACAAGAUGCAUCAUGUUGGGUUUCUUUCUAUCUAAUGUGACUUGAUAAAAGAAGAGAUUAUAUUGUGAUUUUACUCGUAUGAAGAAUUUUUAUUGUGGUCUUAAAAUAGUUUUUCUACUUCAGGAAACAAAAUACUAACUUUUGAAAAGCUUGAUGAAAUAUUUUCUGGCACCAGUGAAAUGUGAUUGUCAGAACUGACUAUUUAUGUUGAUUGUAACUUAUUCGGGAGAUGAUCCAGCAGACCUGAGCACCUUGAAAUCUGAUGGGUGAGCUUUAAGCAUGAGCAUUAGGACUUGAAAGUGCUUAAUUUUUUGGCUGAAUUGUGUCCUGGUGUUUUCAUUCUUUAAUACCGGGGGUUACUCUCCCAAUAUUUUAAUACAUGAUUUUAAUCUAGUUGAGAAAUGUGAACAUAUUUGUGAAAAUGUAAUAUAUUCAGUGACUGAAAGAAGCAGUAAUUUCAGUGAUCAAAUUUAAACCAGUUUAAUAUUCUAACGAUUUUAUAUAUAUAACAGUGCUUGAGGGCCAAUUUUGUAAGUUUUCACACUUGGCUUGAGUCACAAGCAAUCUUGUAGCUUUUUUCACAAAAUUUUCAUACAGGGUUUUCAAAUCUUUGUACGUUUACUCACUGGAACCACUUAGAUAUUAAAUUAUUUGUAAGCAUGAGCUUCCUUCUUCCUUGCUGGGUUUAUGAAACAAAGAAACUCAAGUGUUGUGGAUUUUCGUUUUGGAUUUUUCAAACAAUUCCACUUAAUGAGUCAGAGACUCAGUGUGGUAAGAACAGACCCCUCUUCAAUACACACAUUUAUUUAUUGAAACAGAUAUUGUAUACUAGGCAGGUUUUCCCUAUAUAAUUUGGUAUCUCAGCCUAUCUAAUGCUAGCUAGCUGUAGACACAAACUUGCACAUUGAACCAUGUUUGCCUGGUACCAAAACACCCGUGUGGUGUUGCCAAUCACCUGGCAGGAGAUAAAAAUAGAAAGGGGCUAACUUCUGAGAGGUCUCCAUCCUUUUCCCCAAAUCACCUGCCCGGCCAGAAUACAUGGUUUAUGGUCUGUAUUUGCCUUCAUAGGCCAGAAGCUGUAUCGCCCUGUUGUAGGAUUUAACCUCUACUGGAUGAUAGCCAACUAGGGGCAAAUCCACAAUAUACUUUUAAAGCAUAUUCAGCACACAUUUAAAACACUUUCCCCAAAGGCUCAUGGGAACUGUAGUUCCCCCCAAUAGAGCUACCAUUUCCAGCAUCCUUGACAAACUACGGUUCCCAGGAUUCUUUGGGGGAAGCCAUGUGCUUUAAAUGUGUAUUGGAUGUGCAAUAAAGUUAUCAUGUGGAUCUGCCUCAGGUCAUAGAGUAGGCCUAAAUAAAUCAAUGGACUUCAGUAACUUUAGGGAAAUAUUUCAUGACAUAAACAUACAGUUUUACAAGUAACUUUACAUUGAAAAAUAAAUUCAGGAAGGCUUUUUUUAAAGCUUUAAUUUCCCCGCCCUUUAAAAAUGUAAAGCUAAAUUUCUCUCUUAAAGUGGUUUUGUUCUGGGAGAGUGUAAUUCAUUGCCAUAUAAAGAAUGGGUACUGUUGUCUCAAGUACCCAUCUACCAUUAUACUGAAAUUCAUUAGAGGGUAGGGCAGCUGAAAAGCACUUGAGACAAACACCAGCAGGCAAGUGCGCUUCCAACCUUUUUGUGCCAGUAAAAUCUCUGAAAUGUUUUGUAUUACUGGGCUGAGCAAGUCUCUCUUUGCUACUAGAUCUUUGUGGUGCUGUUGAUGACGACAAUGACCUCACCGUGGUAAUUUCACUGUAGUUCUUUUACACAAACGAAUGUGAAAAUGUAUUUGAAAUUACUGUUAAGAUAUUUACAGUUGUUAGCCAGAAAAUGGUCUGCUUUGUGUUUGGGUGCAGUGUGCAUUUUAAAUCCCUGUUAUUAAAACGAAAUGGAAAAAGAAA